UNUGUUCUUCCUGUGUUGCAGAUUGCAAGUAAAUAUAAAACAUCCAGCAGAAACAGAAUCACCUGCUCUGCUGUUCAAGAGUCGUCUCCUAGCACAACAGCAGCUACUGCUGAAACAAAAGAGGAGGUAAAGGAAGCUCCAAAAGCUGCACCGGCAAAAAAACCUCCAGCUAAAGCACCUGUUAAGCCUCUACCUCAGAUGAUGGAGGAGGAUGUGAUCCCUUCCCUGAAAGAUAUAUUUGAAGCCCAAGAAGAUUUAUCAAACAUUGAGCUAGUCUUUAAGGAUAAUAGGUUAGAAGGUUCUCUUUUGAAGAAAGGCAACCCCUACUCAUUUUGGGCCUUCUUUCCCACAGGACUCAUUGGUCCAAAGGGGUUUUCUCUGUCAUCGUAUAACGGAGGAGCAAGCACUGUUGAGCCAUUUCUUGUUGAUGAAAAGAAGGUCACAGCAAAACACAUAAUCUUUUGGGUGGAAAAACGUUUGGCAGCACAGGGGAUUCUUCCUAUAUGGAAAGAUUAAUCUCUAAAAGAUGAAAUUAUAGUUUGGUUGCUAAUGAUGUGUAGCAUACAAUUCAAUAUUCUCUUGUUCCUUUCAUUAAUGACUGGUAUACAAAAUGAUAAUGUUCAUCAAUGCGUCACUGCACACAUGUUCAUGAUAAGAAUGACUUUAAUUUGAUUAA